UACGCUUGCAAUGACCAAACGAACACGUCAUAAUGCCAACAUCAUCUCUCUUUCUCUCUCCUCUCAUAUUCCCAUUUCCAUGGCUCCAACUAUUUGGCGCCCUUCAUUCCACGCCACCAAACCCUAGCAUUUAUUCUCCUUUUUCACAGCAAUUCUCCAAUUCUUCAAUUCACACAUCGAAAUCACUUUAAUUAUUCCUCACAAUUUCAAUGGGAGCGACGAGAAACACUCCGCCGAAUUGGUUAAGUGCAGCGGCGGCGUCGAAAAAGGUUGAAUUCGACGGAAUCGUCGAUAAAUCGAUGGUAGUGAAAGAUGAAGAUGAAGAUUCUAGAACCAAAACCCUAGCUGAUGUUAAAUUAAGCAUUGGAGAGCGUGCGAUUUCUGCUGCUGCUGCCGCUGUUGUUUCCGCUCUCAUCGUUAAUCCUCUCGAUGUUGCCAAGACUAGAUUGCAAGCACAGGCUGCUGCGUUUCCUUAUCAAAGUGAAUGUGGUCCAGCAUGUUCUGAAACAAAUAAGAUGCCUCCAAACCUGAGAUCUACACAGCCUUACAACAAUGUAGCUUUUUCUGAUGGAUCAACAUGCUCUCCUGAAUGUUCUCGAUACAAAGGAACAUUUGAUGUUUUCUGCAAAAUCACACGUCAGGAAGGAUUUUCUAGAUUGUGGAGGGGCACAAAUGCUAGCUUAGCCCUGGCCAUCCCCACCGUGGGAAUCUACUUGCCUUGUUAUGACAUGUUGAGGAAUUAUCUAGAGGAGCUUACUGAAGAGUAUGCUUCCAGUUUGAGUCCAUAUUCCCCUUUAGUUGCCGGAUCUGCUGCUCGCAUGCUGGCAUGCAUUACUUGUUACCCCAUAGAACUGGCACGAACUCGAAUGCAGGCAUUUAAAGAAACCCAGGCUGGUGUCAAGCCUCUAGGAGUUUGGCAAACACUAUCUGGGGUAAUGUCCCCUGUGAGAAGUGCAAAUCAUUUUCAAAAGUUACAAAAUUAUCGUGUCUUGUGGACGGGUCUUGGAGCUCAACUUGCUCGUGAUGUUCCAUUCUCUGCUAUAUGCUGGGGAACACUUGAGCCUAUUAGAAGAAGAAUUCUCAGUUUUACGGGUGAUGAAAUGAAUCUGGCGAGUCUUUUUGGUGCAAAUUUUGCUGGUGGGUUUAUUGCAGGCACUCUGGCUGCAGCAGCCACAUGCCCUCUAGAUGUUGCAAGAACUCGGAGGCAGAUAGAGAAAGAUCCAGCUAGGCAGAUUAGUAUGACAACGAGGCAUACAUUGAUGGAAAUAUGGAGGGAUGGAGGUUGGAAAGGACUAUUCACUGGAAUUAGUCCUCGGGUAGCCCGUGCUGGUCCUUCAGUUGGGAUUGUGAUUUCAUCCUAUGAGCUUAUGAAAUAUGCCCUGUAUCAUAGACACUUAACUGGUGAAUGACCUGGGUACACUUUAUGCCUCUAUUUGGUCCAGGACAACUGAACCUACUAGUAGAGCCAUGCCUCGCUCUAUUCUACACAGCAUAGGCCGAAGUCCAGUACAGAUUGAACAAUAUUCUUUAAUGUCACAGAAGCCUAACCUUUAUUCUAAAAGCUGCAAUCUUAUUGAUUGAGAUUGUUCCUUUUCUCCAAAAUGUGAUCGUACCAAGAUUUGAUCGAUUUUAUAUCUUUAGUUUUCAUUUAUAGCACUUCAUACCAAUAUAAGUUACACUGUUACAUGGUGUAGGUAGCUUGAAUUUUCAAAAUAACAAUGUUUAUGAUUUGAUUCAAUCUAUACAAACUAGCAUUUUUUUGA